CUUUUCUAAAACAACAACAAAGUUAGCAUGUACAGCAACACCAGUAGCGCUGCAGCUUCUCCCAGUAACGCUCGCUACUGGGAGUAAACAGGUCGCCUAGCGGGCUAACACACGGGCAUGCUAGCUGAGCCAGGUGGAAUGGCCAAGCUGCGUGUUGUUCGGGCAGCUGGUGAUAACGAACUGUUUUACUGCCGGUUUAUCUGGAUAACCGGGUCAUUGCAGGGAAGUGCGAGUGACGGCAGGGCGCUUGUUCUUGUCCCACUCGAUGCGUGACUGACUGUGCUGUGUAUAAAAAGCCGUGGAAAUGUGUGGAGUAAGUUGGUGUUUAUGUUCACGCUCAGCGUGUUUUGCUUAGUAACGCUAGCUAGCUGCUGCACAGCCAGGCCGGUGCCGAGUCAGGGCGCGUUUACUGCUGCUUUUCUACCCCGACUGGGUCGGAUCUGUUCGCUGGAGAAAACUGUCGGAAACCCGCGAUGCUGGAUCCACAGCCUAAGUAGUGCUGAGUGGAGAGAGCUGCGAGCUGAACGAUGGGGAAUAUAGCAACCAAGUUUCGAAAGGCGCUGAUUAACGGAGAUGAGGUGCUCGCCUACCAGCUCUACGAAGGCAACCCGCAGUUUAAAGAGUCACUGGACCCCAACACAUCAUACGGGGAGCCCUAUCAACAUAACACCCCGCUCCACUACGCUGCUAGGCAUGCCAUGACACGGAUACUCCGGUCCUUCCUCUUCAGCAAGGAUGGCAACCCCAACAAGCGCAACGUGCAUAAUGAGACGGCGCUGCAUGUGCUGUGUAUGGGGCCGCACAUCCUGUUGGCAGAGGGGACGCUGCAGCCGCGCCUGGCACGGCCAUACGAGGAUGAGCGACGUCGUGCUGACUGCCUCCAGAUGAUCCUUAAGUGGACCGGUGCCAAGCUGGACCGUGGCGAGUACGAGAGUGCUGACGUCAAUGCCACCGACAAUAAGAAAAACACGCCACUGCACUAUGCCGCUGCCUCAGGGAUGAAGACGUGCGUGGAGUUGCUGGUAAAGCGUGACGCAGACCUGUUUGCUGAGAACGACAAUAAGGAGACGCCAUGUGACUGUGCAGAGAAGCAGCAUCAUAAAGAGUUGGCACUAAGUCUGGAGUCUCAGAUGGUCUUCUCGACUGACCCCAAUGCUGAGGACAUCGAGGCCGAGUACGCUGCCCUAGACCGCAGGGAGCUUUAUGAGGGCUUGCGGGUCCAGGACCUGAGGAGGCUGAAGGACAUGUUGAUAGUGGAGACAGCAGACAUGCUGCAGGCUCCUCUCUUCACUGCAGAGGCUCUCCUCAGGGCACAUGAUUGGGACAGAGAGAAGCUUCUCGAGGCGUGGAUGUCCAAUGCUGAGGACUGCUGCCAGCGCUCUGGGGUUCAGAUGCCUACUCCUCCACCCAAAGGCUAUAAUGCUUGGGAUACACUACCCUCACCCCGAACGCCACGCACCACCCGCUCCUCCAUCACAUCGCCUGACGAAAUCAGCCUCUCGCCCGCUGAUGACGACCGCUCCCUGUGUGGUAUAUGUAUGUGUGCUGCCUCCAUGUUCGAAGAGCCUGUUGAUAUCCCGUGUGGGCAUGAGUUCUGCAGAUCAUGCUGGGAAAGCUUUUUGAACCUGAAAAUCCAGGAGGGAGAGGCUCAUAACAUCUUCUGCCCAGCCUACGACUGCUUCCAGCUGGUUCCUGUGGAAAUUAUCGAAAGUGUCGUGUCCAGGGAGAUGGACAAGCGGUACCUGCAGUUUGAUAUUAAGGCCUUCGUGGAAAACAACCCUGCCAUCCGGUGGUGCCCACGGGCAGGCUGCGAGAGAGCGGUACGCUUGGCGAGGCAGGGGCCUGGUGCCAGCGCCUCCGACCCGCUCAGCUUUCCUCUGCUCCAGGCCCCGGCUGUGGACUGCGGCAAAGGCCAUCUCUUCUGCUGGGAGUGCCAGGGGGAGGCUCAUGAACCCUGUGACUGCCAAACAUGGAAAAUGUGGCUGCAGAAAGUCACUGACAUGAAGCCAGAAGAAUUGGCAGGUGUGAGUGAGGCGUAUGAAGACGCUGCCAACUGUCUGUGGUUACUCACCAACUCCAAACCCUGCGCCAACUGCAAGUCUCCCAUUCAGAAGAACGAAGGUUGCAAUCACAUGCAGUGUGUCAAGUGUAAGUAUGAUUUUUGCUGGAUCUGUCUGGAGGAGUGGAAGAAACACAGCUCUUCUACAGGAGGAUAUUACCGCUGCACUCGCUAUGAGGUCAUUCAACAGGUGGAAGAGCAGUCGAAAGAAAUGACUGUGGAGGCUGAGAAGAAGCACAAGAGCUACCAGGAACUUGAUCGCUUUAUGCACUAUUACACACGCUUCAAAAAUCAUGAGCACAGCUACCGGCUGGAAGAGCGUCUCCUUAAAACGGCCAAAGACAAGAUGGAGCAGCUGAGCAAAGUCCUGAGUGGAAGGGAAGGAGGUGCUCCAGACACUACUUUCAUUGAAGAUGCAGUGCAUGAACUUCUUAAGACUCGCCGUAUCCUCAAGUGCUCUUACCCUUAUGGUUUCUUUCUGGAGCCCAAAAGCACCAAGAAAGAGAUCUUUGAACUUAUGCAGACUGAUCUAGAGAUGGUAACGGAGGAUCUUGCCCAGAAAGUGAACAGGCCCUACCUCCGUACCCCUCGCCAUAAGAUAAUCCGUGCUGCCUGCCUGGUGCAACAGAAGAGGCAGGAAUUCCUGGCCUCUGUGGCUCGAGGUGUGGCACCCAAUGACUCCCCAGAAGCCCCACGACGCAGUUUUGCUGGGGGCACAUGGGACUGGGAGUACCUGGGUUUUGCAUCUCCAGAGAUCCAGGGGAAUCAGGCAAUUCUCGGAGGAAUUGAUCCGAGAGUCCACAUUCAAAAUGCAGGAGGCCAGCGGCAGGAGUAUGCAGAGUUCCAGUACAGACGCAGACACAGACAGCGCAGGCGUGGAGACAUGACCAGUCUGCGCAGCAACACCCCAGACUCUGAUGAGCCUAACCCUAACAAUUUAGAUUCAGAUCAAGUUGGUUGUAGUCAGAGGCAAGGAUUACCUAUGCCCCACAGCUCCUUGGAUGAAGAUGAUCCUAACAUCCUGCUGGCCAUCCAGCUCUCUCUGCAGGAGUCUGGGAUGGCCAUGGGAAACGGAGGUGCUGUAGACACCCAGGAACUGCUGGCUCACGAGGCAUCUCUGGGGGCCAUCGGCACUUCUCUGCCCUCCAGGCUGGACCCGUUGCUCCAUGGUGUGGAUGUUCCCCGUGCUGCAUUGAGCAGUUCUGAGCUUCUGGAGCUCGGAGACAGUCUAAAGAAGUUGGGCAACAUGAGUGGCCAGAACGUCCCGCAGCGCUUCAACAUUGUGGGCAAUCCGAGCCGUGAGCCAACCGGAGGCCCUUUUCCACCUCCGUCCGGACACGCAGACUCUGCCGAAUUAGACUCUGCUGAUAAUGCUAACCUCCUGGGCAACAUCAUGGCCUGGUUUCAUGACAUGAACCCUCAGAACAUCAGUCUGGUUCCUUCAGCCACUUCAGUAGUUCCAGAGUUUGGCGCGCAGCUCAGUUCGGAGCAGACGAUGGAAAAGCCCUUCCAGCAGUGGACAGCAGAGGGCGAGCAAGAGGAUAGUGAGUACAGCAGCACGCAAGAGAGGGAGCCUGUCAGACCCACUCAGCUGGACCUGGUGAGUGUAGAGGUGCCAUCUGCAACCGCCCUUUUACCCCAGAUGAGUGAACCCCUCAGCGCUUCUCAGCCGAGUCACCACGGCGACACCCUGAAAUGCGACUCAGACCCUGAACAGCCAAGCAGCAGCUCUUCUGAGUGGGAGGGUCAAGUGCACCUUGUAUGAAACCAAGCCACCACUUCCUCUUCCUCAUCUGUACCCACUUUUGAUGUGAAUAAGCUGACGAAGACGUCAGUCGUGGGAUGGCAUUCGUUCGUAUACUGAUGUGAUUAGAAAUCGGCUGAAACCCUAUUUUAAGAACACUGAAAUUGUCUCGAAACUUGUCUGGUGUUUCUUGCUGCAGGCCUGUGUGUUUUUGUGCUUUGAGGACAUGAUGUGUAAUUUUCUAAUUAGAAGCAGGCAGUGUUUCACAGUCUCGAAGAAGUGAGCAAUGAGGAAAAGGAAAAGCAGUUGAACCAGAAACCACCAUCCGAAGGGUAGUAAGCUUCAUUAUAGAACUGUCAGAUCUCUCUUACAGAAAAAGGUCUACUGUAUGGAACCAUCUGACAGAGUGGUUUGGGUGAAUGUGUCCCAUGCAACCUGAGCAGGGUUUGUUUUUUUUUUUUGGAAAGACCUGCCAUCUUAGCAAUUGGUGUUACUGUAGGUGCCAUAAACACUGGUCAGCACAUGCAGAGUUCACGCACACAGUGGACAGUGUGUUGACUGUGCCUGCUGCUGAGGGCUAAAAAGCCCUUUUAUAAACACAACCCUUCCUUUAAACCCAGUGUAUAUAUAGUAUUGAAGAAAUUAACUCUAGCAGCUUCCUUUAGAGAGCUGGGCUACUCUGAGGUGUUAAUCAUGGUGAAGGAAAGCGCGAUUGUUGUGGUUAACUCUUCAUUUCUUUGGUCAAACCUGAUCACUGUAAUAUGCUACUGGUAUUUUAAAAUGGAAAGUACCGUUGACGAUUUCGUCCUGUGCAGGAACACUGCAAUGGUUACACUACGCAACUUAUUACAGUGCCUUGUCCCUGAACCUUCCCUCUUAUUUAUUGCCACAUCUCUCGAGUGCUCAAUGAAUGACGCGUGCUAGCUUAAACUACGCGUCACUCUAGUUUUCAAUGGCAAUGGAAGUAACAGUCUCCAGAUUUAGUAUUUGUAUUAACAUUUUUCUAUAUUCGUGACACCCGUUUAGUUAGUCUCUGGGCUCCAUCUCCAGAGCUUUUUAUAAAACGGAUAGAUAUUAACAUGGGCUUGUGUGGGAUCACUGCUGAUGAUUUUUUUUUUUUUUUUCCCUGUAACUCUUAUCCAAACCAGUUUUAGUGGUGAUGCAAUGAAUUGAGUGUUCGAGAUGGUGUGUACAGUACGUGAUGCCAUUGUGCUUCAUCCAUAAUGUAAAGCGCCAGACCUAAUAUAUUGUGAAAUUGAUUUUCUAUUUAUUUGAAAGUGAAUGUCUUUCUACAAAAAAAAAACCUGAAAUGAUCUACAAAAAAAAAAAGAAUGAAAGCCAAUGUUUGUCCAUGUGUCAAAAAAAAAAGUCCUUUUACAGUGCCACUUUUAAAUAAUGCGCUUUAAACUAAUUAACUGUUACUACUGAAGUGAUUUUUCUUUUGUUAAUAACAUUUUAAACGAACACAUGGCAAGCUUUUUGGUAUGGGCAAAUAUUUCUGGAAAGCCCCUGGCCAAAUUCUCAAUCGAAACUGCCAUUUUAUUAAUCCUGAAUGGCAGCAUUCACUGAUGAUGAUAAAAUUUUGAAAGUGGUAAAUUCGCACUUAAAUGAAAUAAAUCCCUGAAUUUUAGUUAUACAUAUAUAUAUUAAUUAAGUUUUGCAUUGCUGAAGAAAAAUUGCUGUAUUGCUGUAACGUCAAUCAAAAUUUCAAGUCUAUAGUGGGGGGAAAAAAACAACAAAAAAAAACCCAAGCCUGUUCUAGUGGUAGAAUUACUGAAAUACUGUACUUUACAUGUGACAUUGUCCCAUGUACUUUCUAUACUCAUGUAGUACAAAAUGCUUUAAAGGGUUUUUCUUUUUCUUUUCAUACCUAAAUAGAAUUGACUAUGUAACUUGCAGUAUUUCUUCAGUAAGCAGUAAUGUACGUUGCCAAAGUGAUGGAGCGAACACAGUGAAGCACUCGGAAGGCUCUUUCCAUCUGUUUAGAUGUGAAAUAACAUGACCUUUGUGACAGUAUGCUGUGCAUUAAAUCAAAAAUACACAAGUUCUAUUUUCUUGGAGGGAAAAAAGGCGAUUUGAGUGUCAAUGCAGGCAAUUGGAGGGAAAAAAAAAACAGGCAAGCACAUUUUGUAACCCAUUUUAAAAAUUUAUAUUGUUAAGUGACUAAUCCUUGAAAUGUUAUUUGCACUUUCAUAGUCUAUACUUGAUACAUUCCCACUUUAUAUGGAGAAAAAACAAACAAACGAUAUAAAUGGUUAAUGUUUGGCCAAUACAUUUGACUGAACUGAAUAUGAAAGUCAAUAAAGUUAUUAAGCCCCCCAAAA